GAGGACAGUAAACACCCCACCCAAACAUGCCGAGUGCUUCUUGAAUUAAAAGCGGAGAGAAAAGGGCAAUCUGAGAUUGCCGGAUGACGUCGCGCUGAUGCCGAGCCAAGCUCCAUGGUGUCAGCGCUGCCCCCGCAGUAAGUGAGCUUCCGACGGGAGGGAAGGAGGAGGAUGGCGUUCGUGACGGUGGAGUUUGAUUUCGAAUACAAGGCGAAGGACGGUCGGCGCAUCGCCAUCAAACCCAACGAGAGGUACGUGCUCCUCUCCAAGACCAAUGACCACUGGUGGCACGUUUGCAAGGACCAAGGCUCCAAACCCUUUUACGUCCCCGCCGAGUACGUGAAGGAGGUCUCCCCGUCUCCCGGAGGUUCUCCUCGCCCUAAAAAGUCUGACUCAGCCAAGGGUCAGACUAAAAGUAAACCAGGGGAUGGGACAAAGAAUAGAUUGGCGGACAUGACCAAGAAAGCACCCCUUGAAACGGCGGCUCGUGCAUUUGGUAGGGAUGACUCAAAAGAAAUGUUCCGCUUCUCUACGUUUGGCUUGUGGGCCGACGUGCCCAACGAGGCUCUGACGGUGCCGCCGGCCGCCAGGAUCCGUGCUCACAGUUUGAACGACACAACCAAACCCAAGACGCCCAACUCAUCGGGCAGGUUGGCAGUCACUCCGGAACCGGUGACGGAACCGUGUGUCACACCUCGGCCCGCAGGAAAGCCGCAGCAGGCGAAGAGCCCGAAGCAGGACAGAGCCAAAGGGGAGCAAUCUGCUUCCGUGAACGAUGAAGAUGCGGAUUUGCCGGACAUAUGUGACAUGGAUUUCCCUUCGCCCCCGCCGUACUUCUACGAAACAACUCCAGAGAUAAGCGUAACGGACUGUGACUCCUUUCCUGAGCCACCUGACCCUGUUGAGUGCUCGCCCGGAGAAUCGGCACCGCAGCAUCCGAGCUCUGGUCAGACCGCAGGAGACGCUCCCGUGAGAGAAGAGCAGCUGAAGGUGCAGGAUGAAAAUCUCCGGACAGCCGUGUAUGUCAACGUAGCGCAGCUUCGCCAAAGCAUCUCAGAAUCCCCCCCAUCAGACCCCUCGCCCUGCUCUCCUUCCUACCUAAAACAGGAGGGAUGGGAGGUUCAUGUUGACCAAGAAAGUGGACAGGAAUAUUACUAUCACCCCGACACGGGGAGCACCACCUGGGACAACCCCUUUUUAGACUCCCCCACGGACCCUGAGCGGCUCCCUCCGGAGGUACCUUGCUCUCCGUCACCCCCUCCGACCGAGUCGGCGUCAGACUGGGAGCAGCUGGUGGAUGAGAGCACUGGUCGGCCUUACUUCUACAACCACAUGUCCGGGGAGACGUCCUGGGACCCUCCCGAGCAGCAGAGCCCUUACCCGUCUCCGAUGGAGCCCAUGAGUGUGCACAGGUUUCAGGAUGACGGGCCGCCUCCCUUACCUGCAGAGGACUACCCAUCGGAGGAUUACCCCGGUGCAGACCAAGCCGUGUUCUACUCGGAUGUCAACAACUCGGGACCCCCCGCCCUUCCGAAGGAUUAUGCCCUCGGUCCUGUGGGUCGCACCGUCAUUCCCCGGGCCAACCUUGACCGCAGUACCCCGCCUGGUUGGAACCUUACUGUGGAACCCAAUGGGACGUGGGUUUUCACCAGUGAAAACUCUCCAGAUCAGUGGAUCAAGUCGGUGGAUGAUCAGGGGCAGACCUAUUACUACCUGAGAGAUGGCUCCAAGUCCGAGUGGACUCUACCUGAGGCCCCUGCGGCUCUGUCCCACUCCGGUGUGCACAACGGUGAUGAGAAUGAAAAUGUGCCCGUCAUCAAAAACUGGCGAGACUCGAGGGUACCCGCUCAGUUCUGCACCACCCAGGAAGAUGGGAGGUUCGUCCAGACUCACCUGAGGAACACAUCCGACCACAGCAGCGACAGCUCCAGCACAGGAAACUCUCCAGAGCAUAACGUACAGAAUUUGGAGAAAGCUGGAAUUCUUAACAAAACAAAAGUGUGUGAGAAUGGGAAGAAAGUAAGGAAAAACUGGGUUUCAACGUGGACGGUUCUCCAAAGAGGAGUCCUGACGUUCCACAAAGAUCCCAAACCCUCGCCGGGCGCUGUGAACAAGACCAAUCAGAUCGUUCCAGAGUUCACGGUGGAUCUGAAGGGCGCUACGAUUGGCUGGGCCACAAAGGACAAGUCCAGCAAAAAGAAUGUUUUAGAGCUCAAAGGGAAGAACGGCGUGGAGUUCCUAAUGCAGUACGACACAGAAAGCAUCAUCACUGACUGGCACAAAAUUUUAGUGGACACCAUUCGACAGCUUGACUAUCAGGAACACCACUCUGAGGAAGACGAUGGAGACAUAUAUGAGAAAAUCGUAGAACGAGAAGACAAACCUGGCGUUGUCGUAGACAAGCGAAAAGCACAAAGGCCGAGCGUAACGCAGUCGCCCAGCUCUGCAGGGGAAACUGACCAGAAGAAGGUUCGGACCAAGCUGAUGAAGUUCCUCAUGAAGCGCCCGACGCUGCAGUCGGUCAAAGAAAAAGGCUACAUUCGAGAAAAUGUGUUUGGCUGUCAUCUGGCUACACUCUGCAAUCUGGAGAGGACCACAGUUCCCAGUUUUGUGGAGAAAUGUAUCAACGCAGUAGAGAGGAGAGGUUUAGAUAUCGAUGGGCUGUACAGAGUCAGUGGGAACCUCGCUGUCAUACAGAAGCUUCGCUUCAAGGCAGAUCAUGAGGAACUGGACCUGGAGGAUGGUCAGUGGGAAGACGUCCACGUCAUUACCGGAGCACUGAAAUUAUUUUUCCGAGAGCUUCCUGAGCCUCUUUUCCCAUUCAGCCACUUUAAUAACUUCAUUUCAGCCAUAAGAAUUUCUGAUUACAACUCAAAACUAUCUCACAUGUAUGAUCUGGUCAGAUCGCUUCCUCCUCCAAACCACGACACUAUGAAGCUGCUCUUUGGGCAUUUACACAGGGUGAUUCAGUGUGGGGAGGACAAUCGCAUGACCGUGCAGAACGUCGCCAUCGUGUUCGGCCCGACGCUGCUUCGACCGGAAACGGAGACGGCGAACAUCACCAUGCACAUGGUCUUCCAGAACCAGAUCGUGGAGCUCAUCCUAAAUGAAUACACAUAUAUCUUCGGCUAAAAGCGGACACGCGCACACCUGGACACACGUGUAUAAAUAGUUUGACUAUCUCUCUUUUUUUUUUUUUUUUAAGUUUUCCCUUUGCAUGCACAUCCGCUGCCUCGAUGCCACGUGUAAAAUGAAUGAUGUUUGGUGGAGUAAGUUAAAGGUGCCAUUGGAGUUAACCUGCCAAGAUAAGGGAUUUCCCAGCUGUCUUUGCCCUGUAUGUUUUUCACCUGAGGACGCUCGCACUGUCAAACUACGUGUGCCAGUAUUGUACAUAUCUGAACCGCACAGGUUUGACGUUUUCCUCAGUGAUAGAAGCACUGUAUCAAACCGCUUUCCCUCUUUGAGACCCUAAUUUGUCUGAAUGUCACAAGCCACUUUCGCCUGGUUUGGCUCUUGCUCUUUUUGCUUUAGUUUAAGUCACAGAAGAUAAGGCCGGUUAAACCUGGGAAGCAUUAAUGCUGUCUUAAAUUAGUUUCCGUCUUGAUUUUUUUUUAAGCAUUUGACAUCUUUCUAACGUUUGUUUUGGAUUUGAUGUUACUGUAUGUCACUUAAGGCAAUAACUGAUAUUGUGUUCUAAUAUUUUCACCUUUGCCCUUGAAUUUACUGUAAUAUAGAAAUGUAUUAAAAAACUGAAAUUAUUGCCAACAUGUUGGUAUGAAGUAGAACAUAAAAUGUGUAGAUUAUGAAAGACUUUAAGAUUAUUUUUUAAUGAUGCCGUUCUUAAAGAGAUUGUAAGAUAACGCCACAUAAAGAUGAAAUGGUGAUUUAUUGACGGUUUGAAGUUAACUCAGUCUAACAGUGAAACAGAAAAGUAGAAAUUUAGCAUAACUAUGUCCUGUAAAUAGUAAUAAAUGGCAUAUUUUAUGCUGCAAGUUGGUGGAGAAAGUUCUUUCUAUAAUAAAUUAACUUUUGAAAAGAAA